UCAGUUGUCAGUCGGGUGUAUCUCAGCAUGGAGGGGAACUACGUCAGGCACGUGGAGCUUUUGGGCUUCGAGAAACGUUCAUUUCCCAGUCAGCACUUCGUGUACAUGCUGAUGGUGAAAUGGAGCGACCUCUCUGAAAAGCUGAUCUACAGGACGUAUCCUGAGAUUUACACCUUCCACAAAUCUCUGAAGGAGAUGUUUCCCAUCGAGGCUGGUCAAAUAGAAAAGAAGGACAGAAUCAUCCCGUCAUUACCAGCGUCGCGGUGGCUCUACAGCCAGAAGUCCCCAGAAACCAGAAAGACCACCUUAGCUGAGUAUUUCCACUUGCUCGUCAACCUGCCGCCUCACAUCUCCCGCAGCAAACACCUCUCCAACUUCCUCAAGGUCCGACCCGAGGACGAAAACCCACUUGCCCAAAACACACUGAAACGAAAUGAGACAUUUGUGGUCUCCAGGGAGCUGGCCAGAGGAAAUGCAUCUGAGAUUUCUGGCCCCAUCAUACUGGACACCUACAGAGUGAUCGCAGACUUCGCCAAGACGUCAAAGCAUGAGAUCGACCUGCAUACAGGAGACCUGGUGGAAAUUGUGGAGAAAAGUCAGAACGGUUGGUGGUUCUGCCAGAGUGAGUCGAAACGAGGCUGGGUUCCUGCGUCCUACCUGGAGCCUCUGGAUGGACCCGAGGAGGCUGAAGAAGCUGAACCAAACUACGAAGGAGAGCUGCACGUCACCAUCAACGCGUACAAAUCAGAGCAGGAGGACGAGAUCUCUCUGGAGAUCGGUGACACUGUCGAGGUUAUUCACAAGCUGCUGGACGGCUGGUGGGUCGUCAGAAAAGGAGAGGAGACUGGUUAUUUCCCGUCCAUGUUCCUGCAAAAAGGCGGCAAGAAAGAGAAAUAUGAGGCUGAGAAGAUAAACCUGCAGGGAAAGAGGCCACCACCUCGCAGGUAUGUCAGAGAUUAA